AUGGGAUCUUCAAAGGGACUAUGGAAAGAGAGGCCUUCAGCCCACACCUCUGAAUGCUUUUCCACCACAGCAUGCCCUGUGGCCUGUAUCCUGCUGGUGUGGAACAGUCAGACCCCUGCAGGGCUGCAGAGCCUCUGUAUUGGGCGGCAUCCCAGCCUGAGUGCCAGAGCUCAGUGGGCAGGCCCCUGAGCAAGUAGAGAGGAGGGCACCUUUUGGACAGAACCUGUGGGACAAGAGUGACGUCUCAUCCAUUCAGGUUCCUCACAAAAUGAGAGUCAGGAAGAUCAGGGUGCAGACCUGAUUUCCCACAAAGGGCUGAAAGCAGACAACUGGAGGGAGAGCAGCACCUGGGCCAAUGAGGUAGAAGACAGAAGACCACAGUGUACUUCUGCCCUCAACCUCACCCCCUCCCACCUACAUCCUCCACACCCCCUGACCACCUUCUUCAGAAACGUAAUAGGAAUCAAGAUCCCCCCUGGCCUGGUUGCUAUGGGAGGCACAGUGGCCUGGUGGAGCCUGAGGCAGGUGUGGGAAGAUGUGGAUUGUCUAACUGGAGGUUGGGAGUCCAGGGUGCAGAAGGAGAAGCUUGGAGUGCAGGAUUUGGUGGUUAAUAAGUCUAAUAUUUUAAAACUCUGUAGAGGGAUGUUGGGAAGCUGUGGGGAGAGCCCUUGGGCUUUUCGCCUGGGUAAAGUGCAGAUUCCUGAGAAUUCUGGGCCUUGGCCUCCAGCUGCACUAGUGCCGGCCACUCAGCUGUUCUCAGCACCGUCACCUGGCGCAAUGGUGCUGAAGCGCACUGCCGAGAGGCCAGAAGGCAAAGCGAGAGUCGGUGGCUAUGGCCUGGAACCCAUUUAG